GGAGCCUCUCGUCUUCCCGGCUCCAUUUCAACUGGAUUUUUAACACUCCUAACCACUCCAGAUCAGGACAAGAUCACAUCCAAGGUGGAAAAUGUCCAGUGAAAGACAGCGGUCAGACGAUGAGAGUCCGAGCACCAGCAGUGGUAGUUCUGAUGCAGAUCAGAGAGACCCUCCAGUGCCAGAGCCCGAGGAGCAAGAGGAGAGAAAGCAACCCACGCCUCCACAACAGCAAAAGAAAACAACCAAACUGUCCAGCAAAACAACCGCAAAAUUAUCUACUAGUGCUAAAAGAAUCCAGAAGGAACUGGCAGAAAUCACUCUGGACCCCCCACCCAACUGCAGUGCGGGACCCAAAGGAGACAACAUCUAUGAGUGGAGAUCCACCAUCCUGGGACCUCCAGGCUCCGUCUACGAAGGAGGAGUGUUCUUCCUGGACAUCACCUUCUCAUCAGAUUACCCUUUCAAGCCGCCAAAGGUCACUUUCCGCACAAGGAUUUAUCACUGCAAUAUCAACAGUCAGGGCGUGAUCUGUCUGGACAUCCUGAAGGACAACUGGAGUCCAGCACUGACCAUCUCUAAAGUGCUGCUGUCCAUCUGCUCUCUACUGACAGACUGCAACCCCGCGGAUCCUUUGGUGGGAAGCAUAGCGACUCAGUACCUGACCAACAGAGCGGAACAUGACAGGAUAGCGCGACAGUGGACCAAGCGAUAUGCCACAUAGACAGCCGCAGGACCCGCCCCCUCACCAGCCCUACCUGCAGCAGUGUAAAGAUUCAGGAGGCUACUUUACAACGUGCAACAAAUCUUUAUAGCCUUUACAAUACGGACUUCUGUGUGUAUGUUAAACUGGUUCUGCUCUGUGCUUUUACCCAAUGCGGACUGGGAUGACUCAUACCACCAGGUAAAUGCCACCAGAGUAGGACUGUGUAGCGGUAGAUUUAGUUAUGUUUAAAUGCCUACUUGCAAGUCUUGCUUCUUUGGGAUAUAAAAAAUGUAUUUUGUGAUGUAAUAAGGAAACUGUUCCUAAAGUCAACCAAAUAUUAUGGUGCAUUUUAGCCUAAUCCAUUAUCUGUAUGAAGUAAAGAAAAAAAAACUAGCUGUAGAUUAUUAGAAAUUGUCAUUUAUAUGAAACCCAGAUCCAUUUGCAGUUCUGUGGUACCUGCUGUUGUGAACCCUGUUUUACCUUUGUCAGUUUGUAAUGAAGAGAUCUCAUUGAACAUUUUGUAGCUCACCAGAAAUGAGCCAACACUGUAACACCCCCAAACACAAUAAAAAACGAAAAACAAA